GCCGGCCGUUAGUUGCUCACCGCAUCGCAGGCCAUAAAGAUGAGAAUCCCUCUAAGCUGCCGUGUUGUUGGCGUCGUCGUUAGCUUGUUGUUUACAUAUUGUGGCCGCCUUUCGGCCGGCGUCAUCGAUAAUCAUGUCGAUCAGCUCGGUGCUGAUUGUCAACUUCCGGACGCUUUGGUGCAAGAGAUCAAGGGUUAUCAACCGAUUGUGAAUAAAAUAGUUGGCCGCAUUGUGGACGGUGAAUUUGCCGGUAAGACUUGGGAUAGUUUGGCGGAGCUGGUGGAUACAUUUGGGGCUCGUUUAGCCGGAUCGGAACAGCUGGAGAAGGCGAUCGAUUGGGCCGUCGGGAAGUUGAAGGAAGACGGUUUGGAGAACGUACACACGGAGGAAGCGCAGGUGCCGCAUUGGGUUAGGGGAUACGAAAAUGCGCAGUUAGUGGCACCUUUUAAAAAGAAUUUGCCGCUGCUGGGUCUCGGUUACACCGUCGGUACUCCGAGAGGAGGGAUCAUUGCUGACGUCAUCGCGGUUGAGUCUUUUAAGGAGUUUGAAAAGCUAGCUCCGGAACAGGUAAAAGGAAAGAUCGUUGUAUUCGUUCCGAAAUGGGAAGGCUACGGGAAGACCGUUGUGUAUCGCAGCAAAGGAGCAUCUGUGGCUGCCAGGAAAGGUGCCGUAGCAAGUUUGAUCCGAUCGGUGACUCCAUUUUCGAUUGGAUCGCCUCACACGGGAAUGCAGUCCUACGAUGAUGAUGUCAAAAAGAUACCAACUGCGUGCAUCACAGUUGAGGAUGCGGAAAUGAUCCUACGAAAGUAUCGCAAGGGUGAAACUCUUACCAUUCAUCUGGAAAUGGAAGAUCGCAACAUGGAACCGGUGAUGUCGCGUAACACGAUUGGUGAACUGGUCGGAACAACCUAUACGAAUACUUCGGUGGUUGUGGUUUCCGGUCACCUUGACAGCUGGGAUGUUGGGGUUGGGGCGAUGGAUGAUGGAGGUGGUGCACUGAUCUCGUGGAAAGCUCUCACUUUCCUCAAAGCCAUGGGACUGCGGCCUAGACGUACGAUCCGGGCAAUUCUGUGGACAGGUGAAGAGUUCGGCCUAUUGGGUGGAAAAGCCUACAAGGAAGCUCACAUGGAAAACGAAAAGAAGGAGUUCAACUUUUUCUUCGAAUCCGACAUAGGAACUUUCGAGCCCAAAGGUUUGGAUUUUUCUGGAAAUAAAGAGGCCGAGUGUAUUUUCCGGGAAGUGGUGAAAUUGAUGUCCCCAUUAAAUGCCACGGAAUUCCAAACUCCCACAGAUGGAGGUCCGGACGUAACGCAUUGGACCAGCCGUGGUUUCCCGGGAGCAUCGCUUAUAAACAAAAACGAAAAGUAUUUCUGGUUCCACCAUUCCAACGGGGACAGCAUGGCGGUGGAGGAUCCGAAGAAUUUGGAUAAGUGUGCAGCCCUGUGGGCGGCAGCAGCCUAUGUGGUGGCCGAUUUGAGUGUCGCCAUGCCCAAGGACGUUACGGACCCGAUCUCGCAUCUUGAUUUGUGAAAUGUGCCAUUGAAAUUAAAUGACCUUCAUAUUUCCAACAGAUAUUAAAAUAGGGAUAACAAUAAGUAAUUCAAUUUUAAUUAAUCUCUUCAGAGGAAAUUAUUUUCCAUUGAAAUUCAUAUUGUAGUCAAUUUAGUUGAAUCAUACAUUUCAUCGCUCGACAUUAUAAA